CUCUCUGUCCCCCUGUCUCUCUCUGUCUCUCUCUGUCCCCCUGUCUCUCUCUGUCUCUCUCUGUCCCCCUGUCUCUCUCUGUCUCUCUCUGUCCCCCUGUCUCUCUCUGUCUCUCUCUGUCCCCCUGUCUCUCUCUGUCUCUCUCUGUCCCCCUGUCUCUCUCUGUCUCUCUCUGUCCCCCUGUCUCUCUCUGUCCCCCUGUCUCUCUCUGUCUCUCUCUGUCCCCCUGUCUCUCUCUGUCUCUCUCUGUCCCCCUGUCUCUCUCUGUCUCUCUCUGUCCCCCUGUCUCUCUCUGUCUCUCUCUGUCCCCCUGUCUCUCUCUGUCUCUCUCUGUCCCCCUGUCUCUCUCUGUCCCCCUGUCUCUCUCUGUCUCUCUCUGUCUCUCUUCCAGCCUGGCCUACUGAAAGCCAUCUUCAAUGUGGACCCAGAUGAAGUGCGCUCCCUCAUAUUUCAGAAAGAGGAUGUGAAUGUUCAGGACAAUGAGAAGCGGACACCGUUGCAUGCCGCUGCCUAUCUAGGAGAUACAGAAAUUCUAGAGCUACUCAUACUAUCAGGAGCCAGAGUAAAUGCCAAAGACAACAAGUGGCUCACUCCUCUGCACCGGGCCGUGGCUUCCUGCAGUGAGGAGGCAGUCCAGGUGCUAUUGAAACACUCUGCCGAUGUGAACGCCAGGGACAAGAACUGGCAGACGCCGCUCCACAUUGCUGCGGCCAAUAAGGCGGUCCGCUGUGCUGAGGCCCUGGUCCCUCUCCUCAGCAAUGUGAACGUGUCGGACCGGGCCGGGCGCACAGCGCUGCACCAUGCAGCCUUCAGCGGACACCUGGAGAUGGUGAGGCUGCUUCUCUCCAGAGGAGCCAACAUUAAUGCUUUUGACAAGAAGGACCGCCGAGCAAUCCACUGGGCUGCUUACAUGGGUAAUGAGUUGACCACAUCAUUUACAUUCUGACUAAUGUGACGGAGUCCAUCCAAAUCAUCUUGGUUCCUGGACUCUGUCCAGGCAUUUCAAGGCUGCGUUGAAACAAUGAUUGGUAAAUGAUCCAAGACCAGCUCAAGACCAGCUCAGUUAAUCCCUACCAUUGUGACAAUGAGUCGUCAUAAUGCUGCAUCAAAUGUACAUGAUCUUAGGGGCUUUGGCAAACACAAUGUAAGUCAUUUAAUUGAUGUACCCCUAA